GCAGAAGUGAGGUACUUGUUGUCUUGUCUUCUUCAGCUGCAUAAAUUUCUCAUCAUAUUUGAAUUAUUUGAAUUGAACUGCUUUGGCUUGAGCUACUCCAAGACCACAAGCAGAAUCUGAGGAUCUAGCGGCUAGGUAGGCUAGUUGCUAGUACGCAGUCACCAAUCAGCAGGACAUAGUGAGGCGACGAUAUUCAUGGCAACCAAGGUUGACGACGCAGACCUAAAGAGGAUUGAUUUGAAGGUUUCUGUGAAUUGUUGCGAUGGUUGCAAGCGCAAGGUGAAGAAAUUACUACAAACCAUUGAGGGUGUUUUAAAGAUUGAAAUCGACAGUACAGAGCCGAAGAUGAGGGUCAUUGGGAAUGUUGAUCCAAGAAUUCUGAUCAAGAAAUUGAUGAGAGCAGGAAAGCAUGCUGAAUUGUUAGCAUGUACUAACAAUAGCAGUAGCAAUGGCAAGUCCGAGCCUAACAAAGAUGAAGAAAAAGUUAAGAACCCCACUACAAAACCGUUAGCAGACAACUGUGAAAACAAAGGCGUAGAAAAAUGUCCUCCAAACUCAUCAUGUACAAGUACUGCUGCUCAGGAUGAACAGAAGAGUGGUAGCAGGGAUAAUAGAGAGAAUCCAAAAACAGUGGAUGGGAGUAGGAAAAAAAGAGGAUCUUCUAAGCACCGCCAUAAGAAAGCUGAUUGCUACGAGGGUCAUACUGGCGACAUAACUAGUAAUACUCUUCCUGUUCUGGUUCUAGUACCGGAAACAAUAAAAAUGCCAGUCGAAACUCCUUCACUUGUUAGUAAAGUAGUAACAAAGCAGGAUGACUCCGGCGCUGUGCAGCCUGAGAUGGUGCAUCAAGUAGUUGAACCCUUGUCCAAAUUACAUGAUCCAUCUGAUUAUAGUACUACUGCAACAACUACUACGGAUUCAUAUGCUUUGGCGCCUCAGUCUUUUCCGUCAAUGUUUUAUUACGGGGGAGACAACCGUAACAAUUACGGAUACCGGAUGUAUGAAGGCAGCAGAGUGUAUGCUCAUGACCAGCAAGCUGCGCCUAUCAUAUUUUUGCCAGAGCUUCAACCACCGGUCCCAAGGGUAGGAGACUAUUUCAGUGUUGAGAAUACCGUAGGAUGUCAGAUCAUGUGAGUUGGGAUACAGUAUCGUCCGCGCAUUUAUA